CGAUAUAGAGCGUUCACCACGAUCUCUACGAAUCCUACGGUAUCCUUUUAGUAUCUGGUAUCCAGACGCCGCACCCCUGAUCCACAUCACAUUUAUGUAACUACCUAAUACGAUGUCCGUAUCGCUUAGUGAUAAUACUCCGUCGCCAGAUUGACAGUGCCGAACUUCGAAUUUGUUCAUCCCGUCCUGAGGAGAUAAUACCAGGGCUAUCCAGGUUCCCCAAGUGGGGAGCUCCUGCCAGCGGUUUGAACGGCCCAGUUGCAAUGCAACUGGUGUGUCAUGUGCCCACUCUCCAGUUGGACUGUUUCCAAAAGGUCAUUGUCAACCACAAUGGCUUCGCCUUCUGGACGAAUUGUCCGUCCCCAGCCGCCCUUAGGGGCCACAGCUGCCCGUAUCAUCCGCCAUCCUGUUAGGCAUCUUACCGUCUUCUUUGCCAUAUGGAAGGCUCUCCUGUUUCUCGUCGUUGUUGCAUGCCCAGGUCCUGGCUAUGACACGUCCACCAGUCUUCUGCCUACAGAUGCAGGGCGAGUUGCGGCUCUCACACCAGAUAAAUGGCCUCCCUCGGUUUUGCUGAGAUUUAUCCGAUGGGAUUCGAUCUACUUUGUUCACAUUGCUGAAAAUGGAUACGUGUUUGAGCAGGAAUGGGCGUUUGGUUAUGGAUACACCCUUUAUACUAUCACACGCGUCGUCCGUCUCUUUGGAGGUUCGGUGAAUACAAUGACAGUUGCAUUUGUUGGGGUCAUGGUCUCUCACAUUGCGCAUUAUCUCUCGGUCAUUGCGCUCUAUAGACUUUCAUUUAAUAUUUUUGGUGGAGAUACCCCUGUGAAGAAGCUCAUGUGCUUCUUGUCUGCUGCUUUGCAUAUCAUAUCUCCUGCUGGUGCAUUUCUCUCUGCGCCCUAUGGAGAGCCGGUGUUCUCUUUUCUCAAUAUGUUCGGACUCUACGUCUACUCCUCGUCUCUCUUCGACAAUUGCCACGGGAAAACUGUUGCCAGAGAUAUAAAGCUGCUGGCUUCUGCCAUACUAUUUGCCGUAGCUACAUCAGUACGCAGCAAUGGGAUUCUUAGCGGUUUUCUCUUUGCGUGUGAUGCUUGCUUCCAGGUUUGGAAGAUCGGGACUCGAGGUAUAUCUCUAGAUGGUUGUCUGCGUCUAACUAUCAUUAUUUUUGGUGGGUGCAUUGUAGGUCUUGGUUUGGCCUUCCCUCAGUUUCUUGCUUACAAUGCUUAUUGUGCACCUGGCAUCGCCUCUCGGCCUUGGUGUGCAUGGAUUCUGCCGAGUAUAUACUCUUGGGUCCAGGGCCAGUAUUGGUGAGUAGACUGGUAUCUUCUUUGUAGGUUCGCGCUUUAGUCACUAAUCCACCUUUGCAGGAAUGUGGGGUUCCUAAGGUAUUGGACAGUCUCGAAUAUCCCUCUUUUCCUCCUCGCUAUUCCCAUGCUGGCUGUUUUGUGUCGGUCUUCCCUCUGGGGGCUAAAAUUGUCCUUCAAAACGGGGGUCGGUUUUUCGACCAUAGUUGAGCCAACGCAGACAGUGGCAGACUCGAUGUUGAUGCGACUAGCCAUCCCGCAAGCCUUACUUGCGGUAAUGGCAUUAACGAGUUAUCACGUUCAGAUCAUCAACAGGAUUUCUUCCGGAUAUCCUCUAUGGUAUUGGUACCUAGCAUCGCUAGCUCUAGACCACUUUGGGCAGUCCGAACACAAAACCAGGCGGCGCAGUCGGAAAUUCGCAGUGGCAGUCCAAGCUAUGGUGGUCUAUGGGCUUAUCCAGGGAGUUCUGUUUGGUUCUUUUCUUCCCCCAGCCUGACCAGCAACAUUAACAUUACGUUGGGGCGUAGUUGAGUCACAGCAGGGCGGGCGCCAAGUUGGGACACCGAUUGGGCUUGCGUAUGUACAUUAAUUAGCGGAUUGCCAGCGAACUGCUAUGUCAGCCCACAGAUGUACACUG